AGAAAACGGCCAUCGUCAACCGCUGGUAUCCGUGUAAUUGGUCAUUGAAGAAGAAGGGAUAAGGAAUUUCAGGAAAGAGCUCAGGAUUUCUCCGGCGUCAAUCGAGAUCUUAAAAUGGCGGCUCUUCAUGCUUCGGCCUCCCUCUCUCUCGCCGUACGCGAUGCUUCCUUCGCAAGAAGAAGAGCACCACAAGUCUUUCCUCUCCACAGAGGCUCCCUUCCGAAUUUAUAUCGACUUGGAACGACGUUUGCUACUGGCUCUCCACUCGUGUUAAGCAAGCCAACUGGUCAAAAGAAGCAUAAAGUGAAACCAAAUUCUGUUUCUAUACGAUGUGAGCAAAGUAGCCAAGAGAGUAACAUUCUGGAUGUUUGGCUUGGGCGGCUUGCGAUGGUUGGAUUUGCAAUUGCAAUUAGUGUUGAAAUAGCAACAGGCAAGGGACUUUUAGAGAAUUUUGGAGUAACGACUCCUCUGCCAAGUGUGGCCUUGGCAGUUACCGCAUUGGUUGGCAUACUGACAGCAGUUUUCAUCUUCCAAUCAGCUACCAAAAACUGAACAUAUCUAGAUUAUCUUCACACUUUAUCUGUAUAGUUUGUAAUCCUAAAAGAUUAUUUCAUUGAUAUUCAUCUUCAAUCGUUGUAAUAUGCUCGAAUGCGAACAACGGGCAACCAAUAGAAACUUCUUUCACGAAAAUGUCUCCUACCAACAUCAAUGAGUCAAUGACUGUUUUCAGGUUUCCUGUAAUGAAAAGGCCAUCAUUCUUGUGCAUAA